AUGCCGCCAUCACGACGCAUCAUCCUGUUGGCUGGUGCUCCCUUGGCCGACUGCUUGGACUGGGAUGAAAGACAUGGACACGCUUCAGCUCUUGAAGACACUCUAGGCGACCAAACCGCCACAAGUCAGUACCCAACAUGGCGAUCUGUCGAACUUGGCCCAACGAGAAACUUGCCCAUGCAAGACGAGGCCUCCGACUUUCGAAGGACCCCGGUCAAACCCAACAAAGGCAAAGCAAAGCAAAAGCGCGCCCGCUCCGACUCCCAAGAAGACUUCCUCGAGCACUCCCUAGCCCUACUCGACUCUCUCGACUCUUCCCAGCUCCUGCCCACCACAGCCUACCAGGGCCCGACAACCUCAAUCCAGGACAUCUCUGCAAGUCUCCUCUGCACGACCUCGUUCUCCACGUCCGAUACGUCGUACCUCACAACCUCCGACUCCAUCCUCCCAGACUCCUCCCCUGAGCUCCCCUCCCUCCCUCAAAACCUCCCCAUCACAGACCUCCGCCGCCUCCCCACAGCCCAACACAUAACCUCCAUCCACCCGCAGACCAUAACCCUCAACCUCCUGUGCGCCCUCAUCUCCCUCUCCCCCUCCCGCAUCGUCCCCAUCCGCCGCCGUCCAGGGACAGAAAUGGAGAUCAUCGAACUCACAGUCGGCGACGACACCCGCGCAGGUUUCACUAUCAGUUUCUGGCUCGUGCCGGAGAAGAGUCAACAAGCGCGGCGGGCGGAGGAUGCGGAACUAAGAGAAAAAUUGAGGGGCCUGAGGAAGGGCGAUGUGGUGUUGUUGAGAAAUGUGGCGUUGAGUGAGUUUAGGGGCGUGGUGUAUGGGCAGAGUUUGAUGCGGAGGCGGUUUGCGAGGAUGGGGACGGAGGUUGUUGUUGUUGGGGAGGGGGUGGAGAUUCGGGAUGGGGUUAUGGGAAAGAAGGUCGGGAGGGUGAGGGAGUGGGUUGGGGAUUUUGUGGGACGGGAAAGGGGGGAAAGUGGGCUGGGGAAGAAGAGGAGGGGGGAGGAGUUGCCGCCUGAUACGCAGGAGUAG